GAUUAUAAAAAAAAAUAUUUUUUACAUAUUUAUAGAACACAGGAAAUGACAAUUACGUUGAAUGUUAACCAGUAUACAUUUAAUAUUUGACAUUAAUUUAUAAAAACAACAAUCAUUUGUUGUUAUUCUAUAGUGUAUUAUCGUAUUCGAUUGUAAAGUUACACAGUACAGUAUAAAUAGCUAAUUAAAAUUUUUUAAACUAUUUAUUAGAAAUAUGAUUUGGGGAAAGAAAACGUUGUUUUCAAAACAAACUUUUGUAAUUAUUUUUAUUGCCAUUAUUUCUUUAAGCAAAGGAAAGCCUAUAAAACCAGCUAAAGUUUCAAAUGUUUGCCGUACCCAAGAAUGCAUUGAUACCGCAUCAAAAGUUAUCAAAUACAUGGAUCCCACAGUUAAUCCGUGUGAUAAUUUUUAUAAAUUUACAUGCGGUAAUUUUAUUAAUACUACCAAGAUUCCUGAUGACAAGGAUUCAGUGGAUAUUUUCAGUACUAUCACUGAGCAAGUGCACGAACAAUUGAAAUCAAUUGUAGAAAGUGAUAUUUCUCAAAAUCUGUCGAGGCCUUUCAGGCUUAUCAAUACUAUGUACAACAUCUGCAUGAAUCAAUCUGCUAUUGAAAAAGACGGACUGUCUCCUUUGCUAAGUAAAUUAAAUAAAUUAGGUGGAUGGCCCGUUUUACAAGGAAAUAAAUGGAACGAAGAUACUUUCAACUGGACCAAUUCUCUAUAUUUAUUAAGAGAUAUGGGGUACUCUGUAGAAUAUCUUUUUGGUUUUGAAAUCGAAAGUGAUUACAAAAAUAAUACUAGAAAAAUUAUUAAUAUAAAUUUACCUGAAUUGGCAUUUGAUAGUGAAUUAUUAUCAAGUGAACUAGAGAAUAAACUAAUCAACGAAUAUAAAAAAUAUAUGAUAAAUAUUGCAGUUCUUCUUGGGGCUAAACGUCAGUACGCUGCACAUGAACUCAAGAAAGCACUUUUGUUUGAAAUGAAAUUAGCUAAUAUUAGUUUGCAGAAUGAAAAAGCAGCAUCUAAACGUUUUGAACUAAUGACUGUAGCUGAAUUAGAAAAAAAUUAUCCCAGUAUUCCUUGGUUAGAAUACUUUAACAAAAUUCUUGAACCUCAUGUGAUUUUAGAUAAAAAUGAAGAAGUAUGUGUACAUUUUCCAAACGUCAUAUCAGAUUUUGAAAAACUUAUGAAGGAAACUUCAAAACGAACUCAAGCUAAUUACAUAAUAUGGAGAGUUAUUGUGGAUUCGGUGCCGUAUUUGAAUAAUGAAAUUCGCGAAAAACAAUUUGAUUUUUUGACAGCAAUAACUGGUCUUACAGAAAGGGUACCCAGAUCAAAUGAAUGCUUAAGCAUAAUUUCGAGUAAAAUGUCUCUUAUUAUUAGCGCUCUGUAUGUAAGAAAAUAUUUUUACAAAGACGCUAAAAAUAAUACCAUUGAAAUGGUUAAUAAUAUAAAGAAUCAGUUGAAAAAAACUUUGAAAACAGUUGACUGGAUGGAUGAACGCACAAGAAAACACGCUUUAGCUAAAGCCGAUGCUAUGAUAAGUCAUAUUGGAUACGCAGAUGAGCUUUUAUAUGAUGAAAAAUUGGAAAAAAUUUUCAAAAAUUUUCAGCUCAAUUAUACUGAUUCGUACUUGCAAGCAAUAUUGAAUUUAAAAUUACACAAAACUGAUACUGUUCUUAGACAAUUUCGAAUACCAAUUAAUAAAAAUGAUUGGAUGACUUACGUUGAUCCAAUAGAUGUUGAUGCAUAUUAUUUGGCCUUUCAAAAUAUCAUUCAAAUUCCCGCUGCUAUUCUUCAAGGUGAUUUUUACAAUAAAAACCGCCCACGAUACAUGAAUUAUGGUGCAAUCGGUUGUUUAAUUGGCCACGAAGUAACACGUGGUUUUGAUACUACAGGAAAGUUGUUUGAUAAAAACGGCAAUAUGGUUGAUUGGUGGGAACCAUCAACGAAUGAAAAAUAUAUAGAGAAAUCGCGAUGUUUCAUCGAUCAAUAUAACAAUUAUAUAGUCAAAGAAGUUGAAAAAAACAUAAGUGGAUUAACGACUCUUAAUGGAAAUAUUGCUGACAAUGGAGGGAUAAAAAUAGCUUAUCUAAGUUAUAAAACUUGGGCGAAAUCGCAGAAAUCAGAACCACGACUUCCGGGACUUGAACGAUUCUCGCCGAAUCAAAUGUUUUGGAUUAGUCUUGGACAAAUGUGGUGCUCUAUACAACGACCUGAAGCUUUGAAUGCUUGGUUACUUAUAGAUGAUCAUAGUCCAGGAGAAUUCCGGGUACUAGGAUCAUUAUCAAAUAUGAAAGAGUUUUCAGAUGAUUUUAAAUGCCCCCUGGGUUCUCCAAUGAAUCCAAAAAAUAAAUGCGCUGUAUGGUAAUUUUUUGGCAAAGAAAAAAAAUAUUUAUGACAUAGGUUUAUAGUGUAAAUUUUAUCAAUACUAAUUUUUUUUUAUAAAUAUAUCCAAAUUAUUAAGAUAAAAGACCCAACUAUAAAUAUAAGACCUACAAAUUAUGAAGUUAUCGGUUACUAGUCCUUCAUCGGAUAUUCAGUAUUAAUUUUCAGAUGACUUUAAAUGCCCACUGGGUUUUCUAAUUAAUCCGGAAAAUAAAUGCGCAGUAUGGUAAUUUUGCCGAAAAAAAAAAAUAUAUUUAUGAUGUACAUUUAUGAUAUGAAUUUUAUUAAUUCAAAAUUUUAUAUGUUAAUACAUUCACACUAUUAUAAAAAAAAUUUUGUAAUGUGCACCUAUUGACUUUUAUAACGUAUCAUUGAAUUAUUAAAAUAGUUUAUAAGUAUAAAAAUUUAACAUUUUUAAAUGAUUAUAAAUUUUUUCUAAAAAUAAUAAUAAUAAAUCCAAGAAAAUAAGUGUGUCAUUUAAUAUCUUAUCGAUUGAAAUACUGUAUGUAAGUGUGUGUGUGUGUGUGUCCAGUAAUAAUUUGAUUUUCU